GACAUCAGGAAUUUAGUUGCCAUAAUAACCGUCCAUUGAGAGCUUAACAUAAAUAAAAUAUUGUCAUUCAUGGUCGUCUUCAGGAUAGAAUCUUGAGGCGACCAGGUAAAUUGGAAUUAAGAGACUUAUCUUAACAAUUACUUACCAUCCUAAACAUCAACAGUGUGACAAUAAAUCUGUAUGUAUAUAUUUAGCAACCUUUUCUACCUUCAUCAUCAUCAUUUUCAUCAUUUUCAUCAUCAUCACCAUCACCAUCAUUUCAUCUAUUCCAAUAUCAUCAUCAAAUACUUACCUCUGAACUGGUGAUACCAAAUAUCCAGAAGCUACUACUACUACUACUACAAUUACAACUAAUCUGUCACAUUGUUAACCUGUGUUUUGGUGGAAAAGGAGAACAUUAUUUAAUUGUUCAGUUUAGCGUAUACCGUUGUUAGUAGUGAUACUCAAUUUAAUUUAAAUCAACUGUACUUCUACCAUUACCAAUAUCCAUACCUAAACAGAACAACAGUUCAACUUAUAUAUAUAUAGAUAUUUUAAUUUAUAUAUAUAUAUCUGUCAAAAUACCUUCGAUUGUUACGUUUAAUUUAAGCAAUAACAACUCAGUCUUCAAGCUAAGUUGACCCUUUCCGUCAUAUCAUCAACAUGUCAUCAUAUUGUCUUCGUAGGAACAAUCAUUGUUUCGACCUUGCUGAACAUUUUGAGAAAAUGUUCAAGGAUGAAAGCAUGGUUGAUGUGACUCUAUCCUGUGGUGAUGGAAUCAUCAAAGCCCACAAAAUGAUUCUCUCUGCCUGUUCAUCGUACUUCAAAAAUAUUUUCACUAAAUUUAACAACCCUUACCAGUAUCCUAUUGUUAUAAUUAAGGAUAUGCCCUUUGAAGAUCUGAGAGCUAUUAUCGAGUUUAUCUAUCGAGGUGAAGUCACGGUAGCACACAAUAAUUUGAAAUCAGUCCUGCGAUCUGCAGAGGCCCUCAAAGUUAAGGGUUUAAGUGAUGCUCGCCGUCAGAUGGAAGGCGAUGAGUCAUUGGCAUCAAUGAGAAAAAAGAAAAGAAAACGAAGACGAAAGUCCAGAAAGAUGGGUCAUGGUGAUUCCAGUAAAACAGGAGAGAUGGACGAUGAGAAUGGGGAAAGAAAUGCUGGUUCAACUGAUCGAUCUGGUGCCGAUAAAGGCAAAGAUGAUAAUACGACGGAAGAAGAUGAUGCUACAGAUUAUUCGGAGGAGGAUGAUGAUGAUGAUGAGACUGAAAAAGAAGAUGAUAAUACCACAACUAGUAUAAUAAUUACCGAAAGGGAAACUACUAAUACAGAAGGUGAAAUUGAGCCAGCCCGUUUACUGGAACAGUCAAUGAUUACAGGUGAUCAAGAUAGAGCCUCCAACGAGGUGUCCAGGUUCCAGGCUCCAAUGAUGCCUCACCAUCGGCAAACUCAUCAACAACAACAACAACAAAGCCAACAAUUAUCAUCAAAUAUAAGUCAAGCCAUGAGAGGUCACUUCGGGGAAAGUAGUGGUCUAUUAGCAGCAAUGAACGUAUCAUCCCAUUCAUCAUCCUUGCCAAACAGUCAAUCGCAAUUAAAUUCAUCACAUAGCCAUGUACCUGGUAUACCGGGUAUGCCUUCCUAUGAAGCCAGCUCUCUUUCAAUGCCUGGCCCAAGCACCAUUUCACCGAUAACACCUCGUCCUAUUCAUCAUGGUCAAGAGCAUAAUUCGGGCUCAUCACAUUCUUCACACCCCUCUCAUCCUAACCAAGUGCCACAAAAUCUUCAAUCGGCGCAACUAUUACCUCCAAUCCAGAUGCAUCCAUCACUUGGUUGCCACUCUUUUUCACCUUUAUCUGUUGACUCUUUGACCGGUAAAAGACACUAUCAAUGUCCUGAAUGUUUCAAAACUUUCACUGAAAAGGGUAACAUGAAAAGGCACACGCAAAUACAUUCACAAAAUCGAAAUAGAUUCAUGUGUGACCUGUGUUCCAAAUGUUUCGCUUGGAAGGAUAAUUUUAAUCGUCAUCGACGCAUUGCCCAUAGUGAACUUAACUUGACCAUCAUACGAAGAAAAAAGAAACGUAACAACAACAUGCAACAUGGACGAUAAACAAAGUUAACCGCAUCAUCCCCAAGUCAGUUUUGUACAAAAAGACACCCACUUAUAUACAAACAUAAAAAAACAAAACGAAACACAAACUGAUCACAAAUUGAUUAAAUAUUAUAAAUAUAUACAUAACAAUAACAUGAGUAAAAACAAAUAAAAACAAAACCCUUUCCUCUCAAUUCCUCCCCAUUAUAAAUACAUUAAAACCUCUCCAUCACCAUUGCAUUGCAUUGCAUUCAUACAAAACAUACAAAUAUAUACACAUAUACACACACACUUACACCACCCAUAAAUACAUGAUGACAUACAAUUCUGAUUAAUAAUCAAACGUGAAUCACAUCAUCCAAUGAACCUUUUCACGAUGAACAUAUUACCAUAUGUUGACACUUUCAAGCUUCUCUCUCUCUCUCUUUCCCUAUCUUCCUCUGUCUCUAACUUUGUCUCUAUCAUCCAUAGUAAACGCAAAAUCAAUUCCGAUGUUUUGAUUUAAUUGAAAUUUCAAUGUAACGACUCGUCAAUGCACGUUUUUUAUGCAAUUUAAACCGGUUGAGACCAACAACAACAUCAACAUCAACUUCAACACAAAAAUAAAAUUAAAACCAAGUUUUAAAAAACGA